GUUACCAGCAAAUAAACUAAAAAAAUCUGGCAAUGUGGUAAAACACAAAAUUUGAAACGGAAUCACAACAGGAUACACACAGUUUCUAAAAUAAACCACGUUAUUAAUUUUGUUCUUUUAAUUUGUAGAUCUACACAUUGUGAAAGUGAUUAUGCCUCAGGGAAGGAAACGAGCUCUUGAUAAGGUUACUUCUGGAAGCAAACCUAAAAAGUUAAAAGUAACACAUGACUCCCAUGGUUCAGUUCAAGGAAUAGUGCUGACUUGUGGUACAGGGGAUGUUGGUCAGCUUGGUUUGGGCGAAGAUAUCACAGAACGUACACGUCUUGCUUUUGUAGACAUACCAGAUCCUGUAGUUCAAGUUUGUGCUGGUGGCAUGCAUACUGUGUGUUUGACAAGCACUGGUCAGGUAUACACUUUUGGAUGUAAUGAUGAGGGUGCUCUUGGUCGUGAUACAAGUGUAGAAGGAUCUGAAACUAAGCCUGGUAAAGUAAACCUUCCUGCGCCGAUUGUAAUGGUCACGGCAGGAGAUAGCCAUACAGCAGCUUUGACAGAUGAUGGAAGAGUAUAUGCUUGGGGGAAUUUUAGAGAUGCUAAUGGUAAAAUGGGUUUGACAACAAAUGGAAUUGAGAAAACACCAAUUGAGUUGAUUCAAGAAGAUGUUGUUAUAAAAAUGGCUUCAGGGAGUGAUCAUCUGGCAUGUCUCACAGACAAAGGAGAAAUAUUUACUUUAGGGUGUGCAGAGCAGGGCCAGCUUGGGAGAAUAGCAGAAUGUUUUGCAACACGCGGCGGUCGCAAAGGACUCGAAAUGAUUCUCUCUCCUGGUCGAGUAAGAGUUAAGCGUCACAAGAGUAGAAAAUUAGCACAAUUUUCUGAUGUUUGGGCAGGAUCUUAUACAACAUUUGCCAAAGAUAAAGAAACUGGAGAUAUAUACUCAUGGGGACUGAAUAACUACUACCAGCUAGGUUUUGAUGACAAAGUGAACAGAUUUGUUCCUGGUCGUGUGUCAUCAUUUUCUGAUUUGGGCUCGUGGACAAUGAUUAGUGGUGGUCUUCAUCACACUAUUGCACUUCAUUCCUCUGGCAAAGUUUAUACAUUAGGAAGAGGUGAUUAUGGCAGACUAGGACUUGGUGAGAACUGUGAGGAAAAGACAAAGCCCACAAUAGUGCCUGCUUUAGAAAACUGCAAAGCUGUUAAUGUUGGUGCUGGUGGAUGUGUCAGUUUUGCAGUAACUGAUAAUGGUGACCUUUUUUCAUGGGGCAUGGGUUCAAAUCUUCAACUGGGUCUUGGAAAUGAGGAAGAUCAGUUGGUGCCAAACAAAGUUACAGGAAAACAGUUGGAAUCAAGGAGUGUGGUGAUGGUGUCAUCUGGAGGACAGCACACAGUUGUACUUGCUAAAAAUGUUCAAAAUGGAGUAGCUCACUGACAUACAUAGACUGGUGCUUUAGUAUGUGAAACAUCAUUUAAGGAACAUACCAGUCUCCAGUGUGACCUGUAUUAGAGUCUUUUACUGUUCUCUUUCUCUUGCUUUUUUAUUUAUUUUAUACAAUAUGUGAAAUCAUUUAUGAUUGUAGGUGAGAUUUGCUGAAUUAGAAAAAAAAUCCUGUGUACGGUAUUUAAAGUUUAGUAAUGAUGAACAUUGCCGCAAGUGUGCAAGUAGUCAUCUUUUGGAGCUGCUUCAAAAUGAAAAGAUGUGCACUUAAUGUUCAUGAUUAUGGUAUUUUAAAUAGUCUUAAUUAUUUAUUUUAUGAUAUGAAUUAUACUAUUUACAAUUUUUACCUUAUCAAUGCUGUAAUUUAAAUUUUCUUUUUUAAAUUUGAUCUGGAUGCUACUGGUAGUGUUCUGUGCUCAUUAAAUAUUGUUUCACAUGAAUUAAAAAUCUAGGGGUCUUCAUUUUUUUUUUGUAAUUUGUUUUAUUGAAUUUUUGUUGUAGUUGAAUAUUUGUAUAAUGCUUAAGGAUUAGUUUUUUAAAUUUAAUUUUAUUAGAGCCUCUUUCUAAUUGAACCUUUAGUUGACAUCUUUUCAUUUUACCAUGAAUUCUUUUAAAUUAGCUGUGCCAAAUAGUUUUGAAUCAACAUGCUUACUAUUUCAAUGUAAAAUAAUUUUUAACAUGUUUGAAAAAGACUCUGUGAAAGGUUGGUUGUUUUUGAGCUACACAGUAUUGCUAUUAUAAUGUAUACAUUGUUUAUUAGAAUAAAUAAAUGAUUUGA